CCGCCCUUCUCCAUCACACACGCCUACCACUCGCACCUCUCCUCCUCCCCUCACCUCCCACACCCAAUCGCAGCCAUCCACUCCCUCUGCGACCUCGUCUCUCACCACUCCCCCUCUCUCCGCACCGUCAGCGAGCUAAUCACCUUGAUUCAACACCACUCCUCCCUCCUCUCGGCCUCCCUCCCCAACCCCACACCCGCGCGCGCAGGGACAGACCUCUUUGCGCGCUUCGUCAUUAGCCUCGACUGGCGUGCGGGCUCCUUCGAGGAGGACAAGGAGAGACUAAUCCACGUAGCCCGAGAGUACGCAGAGAAGACGGUCCCUGCCACUCGGGGACGCAUCGUUCAGAGGGCAGGCGUCUUCCUACCUCAAGGGGGAAAGGUAUUGACCCACUCCUACUCCCGAGUGGUUAUGCAGCUCCUAGCCUCCCUGGCUGUGGAGCGAAACCUCUCCGUGUACGUCACCGAGUCUCGUCCUUCUGGGCUGGGAAUCAAGACGUACAAUGAGUUGCGGGCAAAGGGAAUCCCCGCCACACUCGUACUGGAUGCGGCUGUAGGCGUCGUGAUGCCGCGUGUGGACGUUGUGCUGGUAGGGGCAGAGGGCGUCGCAGAGAGUGGCGGAGUGGUUAAUGCUUUGGGCACAUUUCAGCUUGGGUUGGUGGCAAAGAGUGCUGGCAAGCCCUUCUAUGCUGCGGCGGAGAGCUACAAGUUCCUGCGCCUCUUCCCCCUCUCGCAGGACGACCUGCCCACGACAAAGGAAACGCUCCCUCUUCCCCCGCCUGGGGUGCCCGCUCAAUCAGGAGAGUCACAAGCGCGCAUCAUGAGUGCGGAGCAAGAAGCGCUGAAUCCCUCGGUCGACUACACGCCCCCGGACCUCGUAACGGCAAUCAUAUCCGACGUGGGCGUCCUCACGCCAGGAGGAGUGGCCGACGCCCUCUUGCAGGCUUACGGCGGGGCGUGA